AUGACUGAAACGCGUUACGCAGAUGCUCUCAAGCCCAGCACUGCGUUGUCCCAGGCCUGUAUCACCGCCAGCUCACUGGCAGCGGUCGUAAGCAACCUGCCCCGGACCCACCCCAGCGUACCGGAGGCGCCCCUCAUCGACUUCCCACUGAUCCUGCUGCUCACCCCUGUGCUGCUGGUCGGCGUGGGGAUAGGAGUGCUGCUCAACGUGGCCCUGCCCUCUUGGCUGCUGAAUCUCUUGCUUCUAGUGCUCCUGCUCCUGCUGCUGGCACAGGCGAUAGCUAAGGGAAAAGCACUAUGGGCUCAGGAGAGCAAGCGCGCCCAAGCGGCAGCAGCGGCGGCAGCGGCUCGCCACGAUACCAGCAACAAAAGUGGCGACCAUGGCGGCAGCAGCAGCCGAGGCGGCAGCCGCGAAGGGCUUCUGGCAGUGGAUCACCCGUACAGCUCCUGCCAUUCCGCUGCGACGUCCAUUGGGGCCGCGGGGUCGUCGGGACUGCGUCUCCGCCGUGUCCAGUCGUACAGCAACCCACGAGGGCCUUGGGGCUUGGAACCUAACCAAUAUGUUUCACUCAGCUGUUUUGAGGGUUUAGAGAUCACCGAAGCCACCACAGUAGCCCCGUACGGUCCGGCAGGCCCCGCCGCUGCCGCCGCCAUAGGAAGUGGCGGUGGCGGCGGGAGCGCCACCGCUGCUACAGCCGCCGUCGCCCGCCGCAGCCCCGCUGAUGUGUCGUGGGACUGCAUGGAGGGUGUGUCCGUCACCGGUGAAAACGGUCCCACGCAUGAUCACAGCCAGCAUCCCAGCUACGCCCGACGGUCAUCCAGCAUCUUCCCCGCUACCGCCUUUAGUAAAACCUCCUCGUUCAUGGGCGGGGAUGACGUGGGUAUUGGUCGGUACGGCGCUGGCCCCGGCAGUUCCGCUACUCCAGGAGGGGCGUCCCCAGUCUCUUCACUGUACGCCCCUUCCUGGAGGGCCUUCAACGAGCUGGGAGCGCUUGAUUUUGACACGGACAUGGAAGAGGUUUCAUGCGACGUCGGUGAGGGCGCAGGAGCAGCAGGUGGAGGCGGCCGGCCGCAGUUCAAUAGGCGCUCCACUCGCCAUUCUGGUUACGGCUCUCCUUCCUCCCCCAUGUUGAUGGCUCCCACUGCCGGAAUGCUGGUGACUCAACUGAUGAGGCUGAGCCCCAGCGUAGCCACCGCAGUGGCCGCAGUAAAGCGGAGGCACAAGCGAACAAGGCGGAGCUCCUUCGACCCAGCUACUGGCCUCAUCGACUUCUCUACGGCAGUGAUGGGACCGCCGGAUGAGGAGACGGGCGCGGCAGAGGAUAGCUGGUUGCAGCGCAGGUCGAAAUGGCGCAGCCGCCUUCCUUCCGGUGCCCAGCCCCACCGCGGCUCCUUACGAGGAUCCUUGCUGCUCACCCGGAGCAUCUACCCCCACUCAGCAGCGUACCCCUUGUCUGGCAUCAUGCAACCGCCACCCUCCGUCGCCUCCUCCGGUGCUUCCGCGAGGAUCAGCGGCAGCGGCUUGUCACAGUUCCAAAGGCGCUCGCUACGGCAGACCGAUGGCGGCGGUGGAGAUGAUGGCGGCGCCGGCAGCAACGGGAUGGAGCAGCCGUUCUCGGGGGCCAUGCUGGAGGGCUCCUCAGACCGGCCGUACUCCGCAAUGCCGGAUCUGAGAUCUGAGUACGGUGGUGCAGCGCCGGUGGCGGCCGGCGACGGCUGCGGCUUUACCGCUACUGAUGCAUGCCGUGUGCCGGCGCGACUGGAGACGCUGCCUGAAGAAGUUGAUGACAAAGGGGAGUUCAGGUACAGCACCAGCGCGAGUCCGGGAUCCAGAUCUGGGCCGGCCGCUGGGUCGGAAAUGGCAGGGCCAGAGGCGAUGCAAACGCCGUGCGCUGCAGUGUUUGCUAAGGGUUACGUAUCCCAGGCUCCCGGCCUAGGUCCGAGCUGUAGCACCCAAGCUGGCUGUGACGCGGCGAUGUGGCCAGGCGUGCCAGCGACUCCCACCGUCUGCCUGAUACUGUACGACAGACAUAACACGCAGCCUUCAUCGAUGUCGUCAUCUGGGCAGUGUGAGUAUGUGCGAAUUGAAUGCGGGCCCGCUAUUGUUACUGAGGCGGAUCGGCGGCACCGAGGCGGCGAGUGGCACCGCUCUGUAGGCAGUGCCGCUGGCGCUGCCAUGGGGGCGGCGCGCAAAUGGGCGGAUGACUGGGCAGCGGCGAUGCGCCGCAUUCCCCGUCGGUUCGCUGUGGGCCUGAUCAUCGCCUGGGGAACGUACCUUGCACUUCAAGGUGCCCGUGCUACCAUGACGCAUUGCAGCCCUGCAUGGUGGAUUACAUUUAUCAUGCAAGCUGCCGCCAUGCUGGGUAUCAGCGCAAUUGCACUGGUAAUGGUGAUAGCAGCACUGGCCAAGUCGGCCGAGGCAUCAGAUGUGGAGGCUGCUGCGGGAGACGUUGGCAUGGAGAGGCGGGAGGGAAUGACGGAGGGCACAGCAGCCAAGGGUGCACAACGGCCGGACGGGGAAGGGAUGGCGGCGCCGGCGGCGGCGGUGGCAGCUGCUGGGGCGGUGGCGGUGGCGGAGCCGGCUCUGGGUGGCACUGCGGCGCUGCUGGUGCUGGAGGCGCCGGUGAAGACUCUGUGCGCCACAUUCGGCGCGGGGUUGACCGGCGGGCUGUUGGGCCUAGGCGGCGGCAUGGUGAUGGGGCCGCUGCUGCUUCAGAUCGGGGUGCACCCGCAGGUCACAGCAGCCUCCAGCGGCGCCAUGGUGCUCUUCUCCUCCUCGGCCGCCCUCAUCCAGUUCGUCCUGCUGCACCGCCUCAACACCGACUACGCGCUCGUGUUCGGAGCCGCAAGCCUGGUGGCGGGGCUGGUUGGUACACAGACAGUGUCGGGGGCAAUAAAGCGCAGCGGCAGGCCCAGCAUCGUGGUUCUAGCGCUGGCAGGCGUCAUGGGCAUCGGCACCGUGUGUGUCGCGGCCUUUGGGUUGCGCAACGCGGCCGGGCAGCUCCGCCGGGGGGACCUGGGGUUCGCAGGAAUCUGCAGUAGCCAUGGUGGGAAAUAG